CACUAGAGUUUCGUGAGAGUGAUCUUGUAUCUCCGCCGGCGCUCUCCUCGAAUGCACCGGCUGCAGAGUAUUGCUGGAGGGUAUUCACGGACAUGGUGCGGACUUGCCCUAGCUAUUGCUUGCAGCAUGACUGUAACAGUUGUCCGGGGGUUUUCUCAGUGCAGCGGAGCGUUUGUCUGAGCCACCAUAAUCGAAACGUAGCGCGUAGGGCAUGUUCGACUAGAGACUUACGCCAGACAACCGGUCGACUAUGAAAACAGAGCACGCACUGACAGUUGUCAGAAGAGCUCCGCGGUCGUGGGGAACAACUAAUUACUUACUUACUUUCCUCGAUCUGUUUCUGCGACGCAAGUUUACAAUUAUGUCAAUAGCAAUCGAUUGCGAUACACCACGUAUUACAGGCAUGAUCAAGUGAUUAGGCGGCCCAGGCUUGACACCGAGUAGACUCAGAUCAGAGUUCGUACUACCUGCUUGCUCUGCCGCAACAUAAGCAUUGGGGAAAGAUCCGAACUGCGGAAACAAAGCAGUUCAGCAGAGAAGCUGGCGGAACAACAGUAAUCAUCAUUGGUAGCCGAGGCCAGUGCCGAAGGUCCGACAGUCGACAGGGUCGCUGCGGAGGCGAUGGCAGUGCAUUCUGGUCCAGUGAGGAGCCAAGAUGCCCGCCCGCACAGCCAGUGCUACCAUCGGAUGUUGUCGGGCAGCAGCAGCGGCACCACUGAAUCAGUGGCCUUGACCACGUCUGGAGUGGCCGCUUUGAGUUUGAACACGGGCAGUGCCAGGAGGAGGCACCCCAGAUCUUCACACAGCAGUGCGAACUCUCUCCUACCAGCAACAUCGGGCAGAAGCCCGUGUAAAACAGUUUCAACUGCCGGCCAUGGUUGUUCAUCACCUGCUGCAGUAUCGUCCUGUUCAGGCCGGUCGCUAGCAGUUGCCGAAGGCUGCGGCGUAGCAAUGCAGGGAGAAGGCUGUGUGCUUGUCCACUGCAGCAGUCUCAGUGAAGGUCUGGCAAUUGCACGUGGCGGAGAGGCAAUGCUGGAGCAGGCGAAGGAAUCACUUGGCCACUCCGGCGAUAAACAAGCAGAAUAUGAAAGCAUGGCCGUAGGAUGUGAGGUGGCUGUGCAGGGCCGAGAUAUCCUCCACUGUGAUAGCGUCGAGCCAGGUGAUGACCACAGUCGUGGCAGUGAACACAGUGAAAGUGGAAAGAAGCCAACCGAUGGACAUGUCAACCAUGACACAAAGGAGUCAAUGCUAGGUGGCCGACUCAAUCACUACCGGGACCUUGUCAAGGGAAAGAACGGAGACUUCUACUUUGCUGUUGGGUGCAAGGAAGCCUACUGUGGACCUUGGCUGAAAGUCAUCAAAGUGAAAGAGCCAAUUGUGUCCAGCCAGAAACGCCCUCGCCAGCGGCCUUCCACUCAGGCACGCUCCUGCAGCGUCAGUUUCGAUCACACGACCAAGUCUAACGGAGUCGUCCGUGACAAGGCCGUGGCCUAUGGAGGAACCAGGAUUACCCGGGCACGUUUCCACUGGGAGUAGCCUGCUAGCCAGCUCUGCUCACGCUCCCUACAGAUCAUGGAUGGAAAAUAUUUUUUUCUCGAAUUCACCUCAAGUCUCACAUAAAUAAAUAAAAUCUCACAGUUCGCGUGAGAGUCGGUGAGACCGACUUUCCCGCAGCCGCCUUCAAGGUCCAAAUCACAUCCUUCAAGCCCAAUUGUAUUCUUAUUUUAUUCUCCACUUUCGCCCAUUCCCACUACAUAAACUCCCAGCUAAGAAAGGGAAGUACAAUUCUGUAGCGGUACUAGCAAUUCUUUCCAAAUGAUUAAUCUGAUCAAUUUCUGAAAGAGAAAACAAGUCUAAACUAUGCCAUGUACAUUUACAAGAUUGGGCAGCAUUGUCUCACGAGAAGUUGCCAAAGCAGAUCA